AUGGGUGAGGACGGGCUGGGUGAUGUGAUGUGCCUCUCUGCCGGUCGUGCUUUCCGUCCGGCGUGCUCCACAGCCUUCCGCACCAACUUGUCCACUUACUUGUGCACUUGGGUCGGCCUUCUGCCGUCUGCUGUGUCGUGCUCCUGCUCGUGCCUACUUCUGUACGGACAAGGCUUGCUGCAAACCCUGCCCGGCGACUUCACACCCCAUGAAAAGGAGGCAAGCCUGUGGAGUGGACCAUCAAGCAUGUUACCUGUACAGCAGGUCUCCUACGUUCAGAUGUGCGAGGUUGAAGGAGUUCGGGUAGAUGGGGUGGGCUGCACAUCCUUUGCCGCUUUCAAGCCAGCCUUGGACGUUGGCAGCUUCUCCAUCCCCGAAGACUGGUGCAAGUCCCCUGGGUCGGAUGAGACGGACCCACCCGGGGACGCCGACGGCACCGCCGGUUCGGAUGACUCGGGGUCGGCGGCAACGCACACCGACGGGGACGACGAAGCCUGCUCGGAUGAUGAGCGAGCCGACGAUCGGACCAAGGGCCGAGCUGCGGAAGAGGCUGCACGUCGGGAAGAGUUGGAGGUGGUCAGGUGGUCACGGCGGAGAGGCGAAAGGAUGUGCCACUCGGCGAAGGGGACGGUUCGACAAGCAAGGGCUCGUUGUCCGCCGGGGGCACAAGCAGUGAAGCCCCAGUUCCUCGAGAACGAGAGGAGAGAGAGCUGUCAUGCGCCCUUUACGCUGGCCGACGCGGCUCAGAAGGUAGACUCUCUUCCUCUGGCGUCAGCGGGGCUGGGCAUCCACGACGACUUCGUUGGGAGCGGCGGAGUCCUGGGAGUGGGGUUCGAUCUUGGGCUGCAGGCAAGUAAUAGGUGUCAAUCGACAUGUAUUUUCCGCUAG